GUCGUGCAGAGCGGCCCGAGGCGUUAAGCGGCAGGGAGGCAGGAAGGCACUCCGAGGCGGCGGUCCUGGCGGUCCUGCUCGCGUCGCGCCAGAAAGGGAAGGGAAGGACCUCCACUUUGUGAGGGCGAGCGCAUCGCCGCUGUCCACGCCGUUCCACAGUGCCGCGCUCAUGAGUCUGUCUGGCCGCGCUAGUGCGCGCUAGCCGCUCCCGGUCGCACAGGUGCCCCACGGCUUAGCCCCUCGGCUUGGCCCCGGCACGGCCGCCACCUCCGAGACCAGCGGGGUCCACGACGACCGGCCCGCGCACCGCCCAAGGCACCGCCAGCACGCCCUGCAGUAGUGAGGAGAGCGACCCGGCCCGCAGCAUGGGUACUUCCCCAGAAUGCAUGACCACGCGGCGCGUGCUGUGGCUGCUGGUGUUCUUCGGCUUCGCCGUCAACUACAUGAUCCGGAUUAACAUCAACAUCGCCAUCGUCGGCAUGGUGCGGCACCCCAAGAGCAAGGGUGGCCGCGCCAGCGACGAGUGCCUCCCCGCCGCCACCGUCUCGGCGGGCAACGCCAGCGGCAGCGCCAGCGGCAGCGGCUGGGGAGUGGCGGCCAUGCGCGGCGCCGGCCUCAACGGCAGCCUCGCCGCCUUCAACGAGUCCAGCGGCACCUUGAACGGCUCGAGCCUCGUGCUCGCGUUCCUCGGCCACUCCAACGACACGGCUGCCGUGGCCAAGGCCGUGGCCGCCCCGGACGACCACGAGGAGUGGUCGCGCUUCGACUGGGACGAGCGGCAGCAGGGCCUGGUGCUGGGGGCCUUCUUCUGGCUGCACUGGCUCACGCAGCUCCCCGGCGGCAUCCUGGCGCGCCGCUUCGGCACCAAGCUCGUCUUCGGCCUGAGCAACGCGCUGCCCGGACUCAUGGCGGCGCUCAUCCCGGCCGCCUCGCACUGGGACUACCGCGCGCUGCUCGCCAUCCGCCUCGUGCAGGGCAUCAUCGCGGGCUUCUGCUGGCCGGCCAUGCACUUCCUCACCGCCCAGUGGAUCCCGCCCAACGAGAGGAGCAAGUUCGUGACGGCCUACAUGGGCAGCUCGGUGGGCGCCGCACUCACCUUCCCGCUGUGCGGCCUCGUCGUGCAGACCAUGGGCUGGCCCUCCGUGUUCUACGGCUGCGCGCUGCUCACCGCGCUGUGGCUGGUCGCUUGGUGGAUGCUGGUCUUCGACACGCCGGCCCAGCACCCGCGCAUCGCCCCGGAGGAGCGCCUUGCCAUCGAGAAGGCCAUCGGGCACCUCGUGGGGAACCCAAGGACGCAGAGGACGCCGUGGAAGAGCAUUCUGCUGUCCGGCCCGGUCUGGAUCAACGUGGUGGCGCAGUGGGGUGGCAUCUGGGCGCUCUUCACGCUGCUCACGCAGGCCCCGACCUACUUCAACAACGUGCACCACUGGGACGCCGGCAUGGCUGGCCUGCUGUCCGGCUUGCCGCACCUCUGCCGCAUCAGCGUGGCCGCCACCGUGUCGCAGGUGGGCGACAACCUGCUGCGCAAGGGCGUCAUCUCCAGGACCACUCUGCGCAAGAUCGCCACGGCCGUCUGUGACAUCGGCAUGGGCCUCUUCAUCCUGGGGCUGGCGUGGUCGGGCUGCGACGCCCUCAUGGCCGUCGUGUGCCUGACCCUGGCCACAGGGUGCCACGGGGCGGUGUCCACGGGCCCGCUCGCCAGCAUGGUGGACAUGAGCCCCAACUACGCCAGUAUCGUCCUGGGGAUCUGUGCCUGCAUCACCGCGAUGCCAGGGUUCAUUUCGCCCUACAUCGUAGGGCAGCUCACUCUGGGGAAUCAAUCCACUGAGCAAUGGAAGAAGGUUUUCGUCAUAAGUGGGCUAAUGUCGAUUGGAACAGGUCUUCUGUACGUGGUGCUGGCAGACUCGGAGGUGCAGCCGUGGAAUAACCCAGAGAUCAGUAGCACAGAUCAAGAAAAAGAGUUGAAGGCUCUUAACAAGGAAGAAAAGAAUAAAGAAGGGGAAUGCAUAAAGUCAUAAAAUUAUGUAUGUGAUAUAUAAAAGACUGAAAUACAAUAAAUCAAAAUGGCACACAAGCAAUAAGUGCUAAAAAAAAGAAAAACAAGAUCACAGCAGAAUUUGGGACAUUAACAACAUACCCUACUAGUUUAUGGGUGAUAAAAACAUUUAAAUUUGGUACAUAUUUCAAAAAUGUCAGUUUGGGAAUACAGGAACAUCAGAAAAAAAAAAUCACGCACAAUAUUGUUAAACAUUAUUUUCAACUACCUUCCUGUUGAAUAAAGGUGGCAAUGUGUCUUU